AAAGGUGUCUGCGGCCUGUCAAACUUGGGCAACACCUGUUUCAUGAAUUCUGCGAUCCAGUGCUUGAGCAAUACACCUCAGCUUACGAAAUGGUUCUUGUCCGGAAAGUACAAAAAUGAACUCAACCGAGACAAUCCCCUGGGAAUGCAUGGUGAAGUCGCAGAGGCUUAUGGAGAAUUAGUCGAGAAGAUUUGGAGUGGUAUGGGAUCAAGUACAGCGCCUAGAGAUUUCAAGGCUACUAUUGGUCGGUUUAAUCCAACUUUUACUGGGUACCAACAACACGACACUCAAGAACUUUUAGCUUUUUUGCUUGAUGGGCUUCAUGAAGAUUUGAACAGGAUUCUUAAGAAACCUUAUAUUGAAUUACCAGACUUUAAGGAUAUGUCAGAUCAAGAAAUUGCCCAAUGUAAUUGGAACUACCACAAGGCUAGAAAUGACUCCAUAAUUGUCGAUAUAUUCCAAGGACAGUUCAAAAGUCGAUUGACAUGCAACGCUUGUAACAAGGUUUCUGUCACAUUCGACCCCUACAUGUAUCUGUCUCUGCCUAUUCCGGUGGAAAAGAAGAAGUUGACCCUAAACUCUUGCUUGGAUGAAUUUACAAAGGAAGAAGAACUCAGUGAGGAAGAUUUGUGGUACUGCCCACAGUGUAAAGCUCAUCAGAGAGCAACAAAGAAAUUUGAUUUAUGGCGUCUUCCCGAGAUCAUGGUCAUACACCUCAAGCGGUUCAGCCAGACAAGAACCUGGCGAGACAAGAUUGACGAACUGAUUGACUUUCCUACUGAGGGUCUGGACCUGACAGAGAGAGUUUUGGGAGUAGAAGCGAGUAAGACUGUUGCAGCAGAAGAUCGGUUAAUAUAUGACCUUUAUGCAGUAGACAAUCACUUUGGUGGAAUGGGUGGUGGUCAUUAUACUGCUUAUGCUCAGAACUGUAUUGAUGAAGAGUGGUACUAUUUUGAUGACUCGCAUGUCACAAAGGUAGACGUCAAUGAAGCCAAGACAAAUGCAGCAUAUUUGUUGUUCUACAAGCGUCGGCGACAAGUUAAUAACUUGGGCCAAGAUAAAGAUGAGGAGAAGGAGGUUGAAGAAGAAGAAGAAAAAGCAGAAGAAAAAGAAGUAGAAAAAGAAAAAGACACUUUAAAAGAAGCAUUAGUAUUAUAGAAUCAAGAGGCAAGACAGCUUGAACUGACACGGUGGCCCAGUGCCAUCUAUUUCAUCUUAAACAUUUAAUUGAGUAAAGCACACAAGACAAAGAAAAAGUAUUUCUAUUAUAAUUUG